CAAAACAGAUGAAUAAUCAAUCACGUUCAACGCUAUAAAUCAUUACCCAAAUUAUACCAGGAAUUCAAUUUUGAACUUCUGCAUACGUUGUAAAGAAAACAAUGAGUACUCUGAACCCAUGCUUCUUCAUCACGAUAAUGGUACUCACGGCCUUACGAUUGGCCGCGGCUCCACCUCCUCCACAAAGACCUAUUAAAAAUACGGUUGAACAAGCCGAGGCGGAACCUUACCCUGAUUCCGAUGAUUUUGAUUUGGGCACUCGGCAUUACAAUAAAUAUCUUAUGGACGUGGUAAGCGUUUUAGACGGCGACGAACAUGGCAAAAAAUUGCUUCAGGAAAUGAGUCAAAUCGAUAUAGCAUUGGGAAAUUUUACGAAAGAUUUCAAGCUUAAAUCCAAAGAGGCUUACGAACAACUCAAUCAAUUGAAAUCGGACGAGCUCGAGAGAUUGAGACAUUUGAUGAAAACUCAACAAGGCAUUCCGAACGAUCUAACAGAUCAUAUCGAUACCAAUAAACGACAUUUCGACAACGCCGACCUGAUACUUCUGCUUCAAAAGACCAUUAAAGACAUAGACGAGAAACGCAAGGAGGCCUUUAAAAACUAUGAGAUGGAAAAGGCAUACAACAAGACCAAAAUGUUGGAGAAAAUGUCGCCCGAGCAGAAGAUCGAAUUCCAGAAAGCCGAAAAAGACCACGAAAAUAAGAGGCAGCUUGAUGAGAAGAAAAACCCCACUCAUGAACCCGGCAGCAAAGAACAAUUGGUAGAAGUGGCUGAAGAAAAAGAUCAUUUGGAAAAUUUCGAUCCCAAAACUUUCUUUCACUUGCACGAUUUGGACGGAAACGGAUUAUGGGACGAAGAUGAAAUAGGAGUUGUUAUACAAAACGAGGUGGAUAAAAGAUUUCCUCCUAACGACCCUACCGUGGACCCGGUAGAAAAGGAAGAGUUUAGGGAGAACGUUAAGGACGAUAUCUUGAAUGAGGUGGAUACCAAUAAGGAUUUAUUUAUAUCCCUUAAUGAAUUUUUGAAGGAUUACAACGAACCAGAAACACACGACGCUAAUAAACCGGAAGAACAUACAACUCUUUACUCCCCCGAGGAGUACCAGGAUAUGGUCGAAGAAAGGGAGAGGCUUUUCGAUCGCCAUCUCACAACUAUGAAUAUCAAUCAAUUACGUCAGAACGAUAAUUCUACAAUCAACCAUCAUGAACAACAGCAAUUGGAAAACAAUAGAGUAUAAUAUAUCGUGAUAACUCUAUAAUAAUACGUUUUAAUUUUGUAAAAAAAAAAAUCGAGAUUUGCCAAUAAUAAUAAAUAAAUAUUAUAUUUUCUUAAUUUUUAGCAUAUAUUUUGUUCACUUUUUUGGAUCUUAACCUAACUUAUUUUUUUUAACUCCUCAAAAAAUAUGUCUAUAUUGAAAAUCCGUUCAAGUAUUCCAUGCACAUGUCUUUCUGUCUUCCUAUAAAUAUAUAAUUAUUUAGCCAA